AGUUACCUUUUUCAUUUCAAUAAUUUCCCUUGAAAGCAUUGCAUUGCUAUAUAACAAACACAGCUAAGCAAUUUUCAACAGAAGACAAGAGAUGGCUAUCCUUUGGUGGUUUGUUGGUGUGUUUAGUUACCUGCUUACCAUCCAAGCCAUGCCACCGGCGCCGGUUGUUCAAUGCAACCAAACCGGCUGCGUCCUUUACAACGCCUACGGCGUUUGGGGUGACAGGAAGGAUUGCCGUGUUCAAAAUGUCACUUACCCAACAACAGAGGAAGAGCUUCGCUUGGCCGUGGCCUAUGCCAAUAGAAACAAGCUCAAGGUUAAAGUAGUAUCCAGAUUCUCACACACCAUUCCAAAACUAGCUUGCCCUUCUUCUCAAUCAGGAAACUCAGUGCUUAUCAGUACUGCAAAGUACAAUUCCUCCAUUGAAGUCGACUCUGCAAAUAUGGCUGUCACCGCAGAUGCUGGUGUGUCUCUGCGUGAGCUGAUUAAUAAGGUCGAAGAAGCUGGAUUCAGUCUGGUCCCAGCGCCAUAUUGGGAGGGCGUGAGUGUAGCGGGAAUGAUCAGCACCGGUUCCCACGGCAGUUCGUGGUGGGGGAAAGGAGGAGCAGUUCAUGAUCAUGUUAUUGGGAUUAGCCUUGUCGUUCCUGCAAGUGAGGCAGAAGGUUAUGCAAAAAUCAUCAAGAUUGGACCACAAGAUCAACUCCUCAACGCUGCAAAAGUAUCAUUAGGAGUUCUGGGCGUCAUCUCUAAGGUGACGUUGUCUCUGGAGAAGGGAUUCAAGAGAAGCAUAACUUACAAUUUCACAGAUGAUGCUUUCAUUGAGAAUCUGUUCAUGGAUCAUGCAAAGAAGUAUGAAUUCGGAGAUAUCACCUGGUAUCCAUCCAGGCAAGUUGCUGUUUACAGAUAUGAUAACCGAGUUCCUCUGGAAACCCCUGGAGAUGGAGUGAAUGAUUUCCUGGGUUUUCAAUCAAACAUUAUUUUGUUCUCCAAAACAAUCAGAGCAACAGAAUCAUCAUUCGAGAAUUCAAGAAAUGUGAAUGGGAAAUGCAUCCUGGCGGAAUCUUUCGUGGGUUUCAAGAAGUUAAUCGCCAAUGGAUUGAAGAACGGCCUCAUUUUCACCGGUUAUCCGGUCGUCGGCCUGCAGGGAAAAAUGCAGACCUCCGGUUCUUGCUUAUACUCACCCCCCAUUGAUAUAGCAUCCUCCUGUGCUUGGGAUCCAAGAAUCAAUGGGCUCUUCUUCUACGAAAGCACCGCAUUGUUCCCCGCCACAAAGUUCGGAGACUUCAUCCGCGACGUGAAGAAAUUGCGAGACUUAAACCCAGAGAACUUCUGCGGAGCCGAUAUCUACAACGGCAUUAUGAUCCGUUACGUCAAGGCUUCGCCGGCAUACCUGGGCCAACCGGAGGAUUCUGUGGUGAUCGAUUUCAACUAUUACCGUGCCGACAAUGCUUCCACCCCCAGGCUAAACGAAGACAUCUGGGAAGAAAUCGAGCAAAUGGCAUUCUUCAAGUACGGUGCGCGGCCGCAUUGGGCCAAGAACAGGAAUCUUGGGUUCUUGGGAGUGCAGAGUAAGUACCCAAACUUCAACAAAUUCAUUGCGGCGAAGAAACAAUUGGACCCGCAAAGCAUAUUCUCCAGCGAAUGGUCGGAUCAGAUACUGUUGGGAAGCGAAGCUGCUGAUAAAGGCGACGGGUGUGCACUAGAAGGACAGUGCAUUUGCUCGGAGGACAAACAUUGCAGUCCGAGCACAGGGUACCUCUGCAAAAAUGGUCUUGUUUACAAGGAAGCCAGAGUCUGUAGAUAUUCGCCGUCCUCCAUUGUGUAAUGACUUUUCCGAAGUUAAUUUCAUUU